AUGCCUACCAACGAAUCACUUCUCAACAAGGACCAACUCGCCGUCGUCGUCGCCGUGAUUGACGAUGAGUUCAUACCACUCAUUCGACAGCAGGACCCCGUCUUUUCAGGAUUCGCCGCCAUCAGCAAAUGGGUUGCUGUGCGAAAGAACGAUAUUGUUGACGGUCAUCCGGACUUCAAUACGGAGGACGCCAAUCUGAAGAAGGCCUACCGGAAAGCAGUUGACCGCAAAUUCCGAAACGUGUACAACACGCUUCGUGUCCGCGAGAGUCCGCUCGGUGUGGCGCUUCUGAAACACCUCAUCCCCCGUCCUACGGCCCUUCAGCUCUAUGAGAUGGAAGUGAAAAAGGAGCUGGAGGAAACUGGUAUGGAUGGCUACGGCACCCGUUUGAAGAAAAAGUGGUCCAGUCUGACGAAGGAGGAGCGUGGGGUCAACCGAAAGCUCCUGCACAACAACUUGAAGACCGCUCUUGACGUCCUAUGUAGAGAUAAUUCCCUGGGUGGAAUGACGGCCCUCACAUUCUUGGGAUACAGAGAACUUGUCACCGGCAAGGUCCAAGUUGCUAUCUGCGACGGACGUGUCGCUGAUGAUAGCCCCAAGUUCGGGGAUACCGCGGAGGAGCGCAACGUCUUGUCAACGUUGUACGACGCAUUUGAGGAAUACUCACACAAACAUCUUCCUAGUCCUCCGUCCCUUGCCAAGCCUACCGCACAAUCGCCUCAGAACCCAACUUCCCAGACGGUUGUCAUUCCCUCUAAUGACGACGGUGUCCCAACAUUCCCAGAUAUCAAAACGAAGCGCAUCAGCCCUGAGACGCUCAACGAGAUCGUUCUUCAAUAUUACCAUGCCUUGUGGAUCUACUCGCGCAAUCCCCAUCAUCCCCACGAUCUUCCCUGGAAGGAACUUGUAGAUGAUGCAUCCAAGUUCUACAACGUGGAUCACUUCGAUUACCUGUGCUUUGAUAGAGAUGCCCUCCAGGAGCCAGGAGUGCUGUACCCUCUCGCCGCGAAACUCCGGAGCCAAUGUGGCAUCGAGUCCAAAGACUUAUUCACCUUCAGGCCUACCCUAGAACGUGACACGAUCACCUCGGAGGAUCACCCACCCCCUUCUUCGGAUACGCUACAUUCUGAACAGUUUGACCAGCGCGAACAGCGUACUGAGGUGGAAGAUGCUGCUGCUGCUGAGGCCUGUCUUUCUCGUAGCUUCUCUCUUGACACGCCGAUGAUCCCGGAGCUGGAAGCUUCCUCGGCGUGCCCCUCUGAGCCUACACAGGACACGCACACGCCACAGAUAUCCGGGCGAACCACACCAGCUGGUUCGAACAGUGCGCAAUCACUGUCGCAAAGUCAAGAUGAUCAUUCUCCGCAGCCACAGAGGGCUGAGCGUACGACGCGCACGUCGACGCGCAAGAUCGAGCUCGACGCGCGCUCUGUUAGCUUCCAAGGAACAACUCGGGAACCCGCGAGUGGUUCGGAUGCGUCCAAUGCGACGCUAUCCUUGAGGCCGCUACUUGUUCCAGGCAAGACAGACACGUUCGCCUCCAAAGGCUACCAGUUCAAGAUUCCGAAGAAGCUGCAGAACACUUGGUAUGUAAGCCUUGCUGAGUAUCAGGACCUACACGGGACCAUUAUCCAUGAUGACGCCUUCAACGACAAGAAAGAGCUACCGGCAUUGACGAUCCUCGCGUAUGAUCCUCAAUGGAUGGCAAACCGGGAGGGUUGGGAAAAGUUCGUUAUCUCUCGCCCUUGA